UGUGACAUACACGUGCAAGAUAAACAUAGUGCAGAAUUUCACGCCAAUCGAAGCAGAGAAUGGGAGGACACAGCUGGCGGCGCCUCGGUUCACACGAAGGACCACACACCAGCGCCUCCUCCUGCAGCACCUCCAUCAUCACCCACGGCAGACCAUAAUUAUCCUGAAACACGUCUGCGCCACACUUCCACUAGUUUCAAAAUUCUCUGAUCGAAGCUACACAGUGAACCCGUUCUCGAGGUGAACCGGCGGCGGCACUCGGCGCGGCGCCACAUACCGCUUCUCCCCGCCCCUCCCCGCCAGUCAGUCAACACCAGCUGAUUGUGGUGUCUACACGCCUCCUUGGCAGUCGACACCGCGCCCACACUUGAAAAUACAUCACCAGGACUAAGGAAGAGCAUACGCGGACUCCUCAGCAAGCGUGUGAGCGGCGUCAAGGUCAAAAGAAAAAGUGUGAGAGCAGGCUAACGGUAGUGGUCGUGGCAUUUCCUUCCUCCUGGCGAGGAGCGAAAGUGAUCCUGUCCUACCUCCCUCCCUCACUCACUCGCCUCCCUCCUCACUGCAGACAUGGACACCUCAUCCCGCGUGGUUAUUCUCUCUGCUGUCAGGACGCCCAUUGGUACCUUCAAUGGGUCAUUGUCCUCAAUGGCAGCCCACGAGCUGGGUGCUGUGGUGGUGCGAGAGGCCUUGGCACGAGCAAGAGUACCACCAGCAGAGGUGUCUGAGGUGCUGCUUGGACAGGUCUUGACAGCAGCUCAGGGACAAAAUCCUGCAAGGCAAGCAGCUAUGGGAGCAGGUGUACCCUACACUGUACCAGCAACAAGUAUCAACAUGUUGUGUGGCUCAGGGCUCAGAUCAGUGGUUAUGGGAUACCAGGCAAUCAAGAUGGAGGAUGCCUCUGUGGUGGUGUGUGGGGGCCAGGAGAGUAUGAGCUGUGCCCCUCACUCAGUGCACAUGCGUAACGGCACCAAGAUGGGCUCAGCCUCCCUGGUGGACACCAUGAUGGUUGAUGGGCUCACUGAUGCCUUCCACAACUGCCACAUGGGCAUCACAGCUGAAAACAUAGUGAAAAAGUGGAACAUUACAAGAGCUCAGCAGGAUGCUUUUGCUGCGAAGUCCCAGCAGAAGGUAGAAGAAUCUCAAAAAAGUGGACAUUUUGAUCAGGAAAUAGUACCUGUCCUUGUGCCUGGGAAGAAAGGUCCCACAGAGGUGAAAGUGGACGAGUUCCCUCGAGUUGGCACCACUGUGGAGGCGCUAGCCAGGCUCAGGCCGUGCUUCAUUACUGAUGGCUCAGGGUCUGUAACUGCUGGCAACUCCUCAGGCAUCAAUGAUGGGGCAGCAGCUGUGGUCCUGGCAAGGGAGAGUGAGGCAAAGCAGCGUGGCCUGGAGGCAAUGGCCCAUAUAGUGGCUUGGGCUCAGGCUGGGGUGGACCCAACCAUCAUGGGGACAGGACCAAUCCCAGCAGUGAAGGCAGCACUGAAGAAGGCUGAGUGGAGCAUUGAUGAGGUGGACUUGUGGGAGCUGAAUGAAGCCUUUGCAGCACAGAGCGUGGCUGUUGUCACAGAGCUUGGCCUUGAUCCUGAGAAAGUCAAUAUUUCUGGUGGUGCAAUAGCCUUGGGUCAUCCUAUUGGAGCAUCAGGAGCACGGGUGCUGGUGACUCUGUUGCAUUCCAUGGCUCGCUUGAACAAGAAGCGGGGUGUUGCAGCGCUGUGUAUUGGAGGUGGCAUGGGCAUUGCACUGUGUGUCGCUCGGCCCUGAUGAUGGCAGUGCCUGUUGCCUCGUGAUGGUGAAUCUCAAGUGCAUCUCAGUGGGCUUGAAAUGGUUCUUCCACAUCUCUAAAGUAGUUUUAAGUGAGGUAAUGAAGCUCAAAUGUAAGUGCCUUGUAUUAUUUUGCUAUAAACAUUGAGGAUUAUUUGUAGUGAGUUGUUGCAGCUACAUAUUUUUUGAGGUACAGUUUCCUUGUUAUGCCUUGGAGUUGGUUGUUAAUGUUAAUGGUGGUGGAAAUUUUAUAAAUGGUAUAAUGGUGUAGUAAAGUAGUUUACAGCAAACUGUAGUAUGUAUAAGGAAGUCAAGGUGAUGUUGACAUUUAUUCCUCUAUCUUGGAACAUUCCGGAUUCUCUUGAAAUUUUUUCUUGCAUUGUUAAAUAUUUAUUGUUCUGAUUAUAAAGUAAAUCUAAAUUAACUGAAUUGUUGUUGUUAGUUGUUAUUGUUAUUGGAAUACAAGAUCUUUAGUGAUGUUUUUUAUCUCAGAUCUAACUUAAUUUGUUACUUAAUUUGUACCUAUUGAUUUGCUUUAUUUUGCUGGAAGCUGGUCAUUCUCUUACUUUGUGCAUGGAACAGCAUGCCACUAUCAAGCUACAAAGGUGGGUGGUCCCCUCAUUGAACUCCUUGGUCACAAAAUUCACUUGUCUCUCUGAACAUGCAGUAGCAAAUGUACUCUUCCAUGGACAUUUCACUGAAUACUGUUGAUGAGGUGGCUGUGCUGGAGUGGUGGUGGUUAGAGUAAGUGUGUAGGAGAAAAGUAGAUGUGCUUGUCCACAGGAAACAUUGUUUCUUGGUUCUUAAUUUCUCACUUCUAGUUGCCUAUUUUAAUUGAGAAAUUGUUAUUGAACUGUCAAUGUGAUACUUUUGGUGCUAGUGUAAACAAAUCCUUUUUAUGCAUGGUAUGUUCACAGUUCUUCUGAACACUUUAUUAACUAAAACUUUAAGAAAAGAUAAAUACCUAAUUGCCUACUUGGAGCAGCAAGUGAGGUUGUGAAAUUUAUGAAAUGCUAAACUAGUUUCAAAAGUGGUCAUUAUAGACUGAUCUUUUCAAUUUAUGGUAUAUUUAGUUUGUUACAGAAUUGUGCUAGGUAGAACUUAAGUGAUAAAAGAACACUCCUACCAUGUUUUUUUUAUUCAAAGAACAGGUGCCUUGUGUGGCAUAGGAUGAUCAUGAAUCCAUAGUUUUUAUGAAAGGAUACAGUUGGUGAGGGUAGAGGGAGUCCACUGAAUCUUGCAUAACUUCGGUAUUUUAAGUACAACACUAACUUUUUUUGAAAGGUGGAGGGAACUCAUUAAGUCUUAGAUUAUUCAAACAUUAAAAGUAUUUGUUUUUACAGUCCGCCAAAGUUAGAGACAUAUGGAACAAAGUUGAUGGCUAAGCAUGCAGGAUUGCAAGGAACACUUUUAGAGUAAACUUUUUCUUCCGUUGUAGUAGGUUAGAUUCUAAAUAAUAAAAAAAAAUAUAUAAACAAACAUUAAAAAUUCUGAACACUGCUUGCUUGAAUGUUUUAAAUAUACAAAUAUUUUUAAGUUCAUUCUUAAGGUUUCAGUUUAAUGGAGUUUAGUAUUUAGGAUCACACAGUAGUCACCAAGGAAAAAUAGUCCAACAUUAAUCUACUGUGGACACAACAUUCGUCUCUCAGUACCCUUGUAGGUUUAUAUGUAUACAGUAUACAAGUUUAGAAUUGCAAGUGUCCUUCAUAGGCAAAACCCUUAUAUUGUGUAAUAUGUUUCUCAGGACUAGAACAGACAUUUUUCUCUUUAUUUUUUUUAUUUAUAUACUCCUCAGGACUAGAACAGAUCUUUUUCUAUUUAUUUAUCUUUUAUUUAUAUAGUAUCAGCUAAGGCAUUCCAUAGUUCCUGUGCUGCUAGCUAGGAUCCCUAGCAGUUUAUUAGGUAAUUAAAAGUCUGCUCAAUUUUCAUUACAAGAUAAGCUUUUUAUUGUUUUUGUUACUGUAUUGUUAUAGAAAAAUGUUACUCCAGAAACACAGCUUAAGGAGUAUGCAAACAUGAUCCUAGUCUAAGUAUACAUACCUUUCAUGAGUACAGACACCAGGUUUUCUUUCUUAAAGUUUUAAUCUCUGCUAAGUUCUUGGGUACACAUGGAGAUUUAAAUUUUAUUGCUGAAUAAUUUAUUUAUCUGACUGUCUUAGUAAUCUCUUUACUGAAUGAUCAGCUGCAGUAUCUUUUAACUGUAAGUAAUCUCUUAACUGAAUGAUCAGCUGCAGUAUCUUUUAACUGUUUGUUACAGUGCAUUCAUCAAAAAUUUUCAUGAUCUGUUUGGUGUUGCUAACCCUACUGCCCAUGGUUUUGUUGUGUGGUUAAUUUUGUUAAAUUUAGUAGUAAUUGUAGUUAUAUUUAGUAAUGACUGUUUAUUGUCAUGAGAAAAAAUUAUUUCAUUGUUGGAAAAAGUAUGUUCUUAUAUUCAUAAAAUGAUGGGCUUUCUCUAGCUUAUUCUAAGGUUCUAGUGCAGUUAUUUGAUGAUUUCCACUAAGUAAAUAGUGUUUCACUGGCAGUUAAGGAUUUGAAUUUAUAAUCUUUAAUCUACUAAUCCAUAUCACCACUGUGAACAAGUAUUUCCAAUCUUGUGAUGUGACUGAAGAUAGUAGUGAUAGGAGGGAUUAAGAAACUUAUCUGCAGUGCAAUGAUAAGAAUGUAAUACAUGAUGAUGUUGCAAAUUAACAAAUGUGAAUGUAUGUGUUGCUGUUGGAAGGCACAGAAGACCUGAAAAAGUGGAGGUGCCUGAGAGUAAAUAAUCAAAUAUGAAGUUAAUUCACUGGAAUGACCUUAUGGUUUGAACAAACAAGACCAUAGGUCACAGUAUCAAAUAAGACAUUGCACAUGAAUGCAUUGUGUAUUUGUUUUUAGUGUCCUUGCCUCACUGGUGUGAUGCCAUUUAUCAAAUGGUAAGUGCAGCCCACUUUCAACAGUGUACAUAUAAUCUUGCAUGUAUACUAUGAAAUAGGUUGUGGGUUAGGAAAUAAGACUAAAAACUAGUUUUAAGACUGUUAAUGAAGUGUGAUUAUCUGAGUGUGCAACCCUGUUAAUGAAGUGUGAUUAUCUGAGUGUGCAACCCAUUUCACUGAGUAUUUUUUUCACUUGGUUCCCAUCUUAAUGUGAGAAAAUGCAUCACUACUACUAAGGUGGAGGCAUCUUCAAUAAUUAACAUUAUCAGGCACAAGUGUUAUUUACAUUUGGGAAUAAUGUGGAGUUUAGUGCAAGGUAUUUCCAGAAUAAUUAAAGAAUUCAUGUUACUGGGGCUAAGAUGUAACUAUUAAAAGAUAUUACUUAGAUAAGGGUUUGUCAUGAUGAACAUAGUAUAGAAAGGCAUUGAUAAGUCUGCAGUGAUUACUAAGUGUAGAUUUGCUGUGUGUGAUUUGGAUGCUUAAACAUUGAAUCUGGGAGUCAGGUUUAGAGUUUUGAAUGUAAAAAUGUAGAUAAAAAUUGGAAAUACUAAAGGUGAAAUGGGUUCAUCAUGCAUUCAGAAGCCUUAGGAAAUGUGAUUAUGACUAGGUGAUAACUGCCAUGCUUCCUUUGAGAGUAUCCUAGGGAAUGAGAACCUUCAUCAAAAUUACUUUUUGUCCAUUCAAGCUCUCUAUAGUUUGUAUCACUGAUUCCAAUCUAAUAUUUUGCUAACUGAAGUAAACAAGUUAAUUCUUCAUUGGGAGAGCAUCUCCUCUGCUGAUUGGUCAUGUAUUAUAUCUCAAAAAAUUUUGGCAAUUUAACUAUUCCUAUCAAAAUCCUAAUUUUUUAUUUUUUUUUUUUUGUAAAAUAACAUAUUACACAAGUAAUCUGGU